ACCUCGGCGCUCCGCGGGCGGGACCGCGCCGAGCCGCGCCGCGCCGAGCAGACAGGGAGGGGAGGAGAGCGGGUGCCAGGCCCGGCCCGGCCCGGCCCGGCUGCCGGCGCGGGAGAACCGAGCUGAGCCCGUGGUCUGCGCCUGCCCGCCCGGCCCGGCGCUCCCGCCUCCCCGCCCGCCGGCCCCCGCGCUCACGCCGCCCGCCCACCUCUCUCCGCAGGGAGCCGCAGGGCGAGUAGAGCCGCCGCGGCCGGGCCAGCCACCCCCGGGCCCAUGAGCCGCCGCCAGCCGGGACUGCCACCGCCGGGCCCAGCUCCCCCAGCCCCGCCGCUUCCGCCGCCGCCCCGCCGCCCUGCCGGAGGACGGUCCCGCUGCCUCCGCCGUGAAGAGAAUGGCCGUGACUCUAGAGCAGGCCCAGCGGGUGGGCUAUACCUGCCUGAAAGCACUCCUCAGGUUCGCUUUUAUGGUCGCCAAUAACCUGGUUGCUAUUCCGUCCUACGUCUUGUAUUUAAUUGUGCUGCAGCCUCUCCGAAUGCUGAAUAGUGAGAGCUUCUGGUAUAUCGAAGGAGUGUUAUUUAAGUGGCUUUUAGCUAUGGUGGCUUCCUGGGGCUGGUGGGCAGGAUAUACAGUAGUGGAAUGGGGUGAUGACGUUACGGCAGUAUCAGAAGAUGAAGCCAUGGUGCUGGUGAACCAUCAAGCGACGGGUGAUGUCUGCACUCUGAUGAUGUGCCUUCAGGAUAAAGGCACGGUUGUCCGUCAGAUGAUGUGGCUGAUGGAUCAUAUUUUUAAGUAUACAAACUUUGGCAUUGUGUCUCUAAUCCAUGGAGACUUCUUUAUAAGACAGGGAAGAGCCCACCGUGACCAGCAGCUUGUGUUACUCAAGGAGCAUCUAGAAAAAUACUACAGGAGCCGCAAUCGGAAAUGGAUUGUUUUAUUUCCAGAGGGUGGCUUUCUUAGGAAAAGGAGAGAAACAAGCCAGGCAUUUGCCAAGAAAAACAAUUUGCCAUUUCUUAAACAUGUCACUCUGCCGAGGCUUGGGGCAACACAAGUGAUUCUGAAAACGCUUGUAGCGCCGCAAGAAAAUGGAACUCCAGCAGGUAGAGAAGCUGUGAUGAAAGAGAGCAAAUCAAAAGGCCUCCAGUGGGUGAUAGAUACAACCAUUGCCUAUCCCAAAGGUGAACCUAUAGACAUCCAAACUUGGAUUCUUGGCUACCGACAACCAACAGUUACACAUGUACAUUACAGGAUUUUUCCAGUGAAAGAUGUACCUGCAGAGCCUGAAGCUCUUACAAACUGGCUAUAUGAACGAUUCAUUGAGAAGGAGGAUCUCUUGACACAUUUCUAUGAAACAGGAGCUUUUCCUCCACUACAGGGUCAAGCAAAAGCUAUUUCUCGGGAGAUGACCCUCAGCAACCUGUGGCUGGUCGGCAUCCAAUCACUUGCGUUUUUGUCAGGCGGUAUGUGGUACUGCAUCCUUCAGUAUUUUUAUCAUUGCCUAUUUUAAAAGUCGAAAGGGACCUGAGGACACAAUGGGAAUCCAGGCUCUUGCAAAUGAGUAUCAUGUUGUCUGUGCAAAUGUGAAUAUUCAAGAGUAAAGGAAAAUACUGGACAGACUCUUUACCUCUCUUUGGGGGAAUUUUAAACUCCGCUAAAAGUGAAGAUCAGUCUCAUAGUGACCUGAUGAUGUAUUAUUUUAAGAAUUGUCUGUAUUUUUAAAAAUGUAUACUCUCACCCACACUUAAGCAAAUUCAGCAUUUGGACAAAAGGUGCAAUCAUACAACCACUGUAGAAGAAUGUCUGUGACAAGAAAGCCCUGUCACCUCAAGUAUUUCUUGGCAUUGUAGUUAGAGCUCAGAAAAUUCAGCAACUUGUCUCUUCAGUAGUCUGUACAGCGUCGGUGUGGUAGAGAUUCCUCAUUUGCACAAACUCCUACUUGAUUGCAACUCAUUGUGCUGGAGUCAAAGAUACUUGACAGAGCUGGUGGCAGCAUCGUUGCAGCUACGCAGUCAGUCAGCAGUUGUAUCAGACACAUUGAUCUAAAACCAAGACCCGAAUGAGAUCCAGCGUCGGGUGUGUUUUGUGAGGAAUCAGUCCUCAAAAAAGCAUUGCAGCAUCAUCGUGUGAUUAAGAGCUGUCCACAUCUGAUGAAUCAGCCCAUCCCUGCUGUGGUCUUACCAUCAGCUCUCCAAAUUCCCUGUGCUCCCAUUAUCUCAUAUUAUGAGGAGACUUGGAAAAUAUAAAGUCACUUGGUUUCUUUUCCCAUGGUGUUCAGAAUGCCUCUCAAGGAUCAUUACCGCUUUUCAAAAUGCACUUUUAAAGGUGAAAAUACAGUGAAGGAAACACAUAAAACUUAGGGGCUGGGGAAAGCUUUAUCUGUCACACAUUGGAAGCCAGAGCAAAUCUAGCUGUUUCUGAAGGUCUGCUGGUGCUGCUGGUGAUUUUUAGCCACCUUUGUAUUUUGUAUACUGCAGUCCAACCAAGGUGACCUUUGAGUGGUUUCUAGAGGCCUUUUUCUCCCCCGCUAGUUGCAACAGUGCUAAAUAUACUUGUGGGAGAGUUUAAAUAAUUCAAUGCCAACCAUCUUAAUAUUUUGCUAAGGAAUAAUAGAAGAAAAACUAGUUUCUUGAAAUAAAAUAGUAUAAUUGCUGUCAUAAAUCUAUAGGAAGUUACUACUGAAAAAAAGAAAAAAAAAGGUGUGGUAAAUACUCUGAAUAGCUACAUGGAGGGCAGAAUGAAUUAGUUCACCACUGUGCUAAAAUUGUACUGGAAGAAGGCAGAGUGAAUUUAAAGGCAAACUGGGACAGAAGACACUUCCAGAUGUGCAAAAGGAUACUUCUGAGAGGAUGUCAGUGAUGUACAGCCUGACUUCUGGCAGGUCUAGUUGGCAUUGUGUUUAUGUGAUUAUGCGCAGAUUUGAGAGAGCUGUUCCUAAAAUAAAACUAAUCUCUCUAAAUACAAGCAGGAGAGCCAGAACUUCAGAUGUUGGCAAACUGCCUUUUACAGAGUAAUUUUACUGAGAACAAAGUAAGCCCUCAGUACUUCUGGCUCUGAGUAAGCAAUAUUGAUCCCCUUUGUCUCUCCCUUUCCUGCUACACAAAUCGCAGCAGGUGAUGCACAGAAUACAAAACCUAGCCAGUGUUUCCUCUGGGGGGGAACUAAGAGCACACUAAAUAUGAGGCAAUGCCCAUUUUCCAGAUUUAACAGAAAAAUACCUAGUCAAAUAUGCUACCCCUGUCCCCUCAAAAGCAGUUGUUUUAUCCUAAGGUAGCUGAGCGGGACAGUUGCAAAACGAGACACCACAGUAAGUUCUCCUCAUUGACUGAAAAGAACCACUGCAGCUGGGAGGCUGAGGCUGGUGGUUGCCUACAGCCUAAUCUGUUAGGUAACAUACUGCCUCUGAAUCCCAUCUCUUUACAUCCAGUCCUGCACCUGAAUUCCAGAGUAAUCUAAAAUCCAUUUACAAGCGAUAUGCCCUGAAAGGGAGGCAGUCUGGGGCGUAUUUAUUUUAUUUUUCCUGUUGCUCUUACUAAAGUACAGCUGAUGGAAUGAAUGUAUUUAAUCUGCCCUUUUAUGGGAGAGUUUUGGGGCAGCCCAGUGCCAUUACCAUGGAAGUGAAUAUGUCUGCAGCACGUGGGCGUAAAUGGACUCUCAAAACUGCAAAAUGCAGAUGAGAAACUACUCGUUUCUGUCCUCCACCAGGUGCCCAGAGUACAGCUGGUUUUGAGCUAGGACAGACUGGAGUGAUAUAAAAAGGGAAGUUUAUAUAAGCAGAUUGCACAGCAGUAACUCACAUCAGGAGGUUGUUCUUGAUAGACCCUGUGAACUCCAUGUCAGAGCGUACUGUUUUUUCAAAUGCAGUAUAUUUUUUUUUCCCCAGUGGAUUGCAGUCUGUAGUGAGUGUUCACAUGCUGCCUGAAGAAAUUAGUAACGCGCAAUAAUGUUUCAGGUGAUCACUCAAUUUUUCUGGUCCUGUUUAUUUUCACUUUGUUCCUCCAUAGCUCUUAUUAUUGCAAAACAUUUGUUUUCAAGCACUGAUUGUUGUUUUGGUAGGGUGUGAAAACAGUUAUUAGGUCUUGGGCUUCUCUCAUGCCAGCACUGGAGGACGUGAAGAGAGCCUGAUGUUGUGUUUCCUUACGGCUGAGUUGCUGUAGAUGACAAUAGAAUGAAACUGUUGUUAAGAAACUCCCAAGUACCCUCCCAGCUUGAACUUUGGAUGCUGCUUCAUGAAAGAGAGUAACUUGGAUAAAAGAUGUUUUUCUUACUGAGGGAAAAACAUGAGAAGUAUACAAGAUACAGGAGAUUCUGUGCUAAAAAGACCAUGCUGGUCAAGACUCCAUGGAGCUUAGCAGGCUAGUCUGUAGAAGGUGAAUUCCUGUCGGCUGCAGUUCGGUUCCAGCUUCUGGCAGUUGGCCAGCAGGACAGUUGUCGUGGGCAAAUUGUGUUUGAUAGGCAAUUAUGUUAAUAACCCAUACGGCUGAUCACAAAAUGGUUCGUUAAUACAAACUUGAAUUUAUAUUAAGAGAAAUGUGAUGGAAGAAUGUGUAAUGUGAUACAGAGUGAAAAAAUUACCCAACCCACCCCCCUGCUAAUAGAAAGCUGCUGCACACAGAAAUGAGAAGAUGGCAGUUUAAUAAAGGCGGUUCUCUGCCAGGGCUGCACACAGAACAUCUGUGCAUUUCCAUGCUUAACUGUUCAUAAACAAGUUGUUACAGUUGAAACAAUCCAAGUCCUAAUGUUUUAGCAUUCCUGCUCUUUGCAUUCCAUGGCAUGAAGAGCACCUGCCCAUUCACUACGAGCAGUGGUUUCUUCAGCGCUCCUUGGUGAGUCGACUUCCUUGCUUCUCAUCAACGGUGUCUCUUGCAGGAGGGAUUUUUUUUAAACAGAUUUAAGUUGCUCCCAUCAGAAUUUGAAAAGCUGUGCUCACUGGAAAAUUAAAAGCUUCCUUCUCCCUCCUCCAUCCCCAGCAUCAAAAAAUAAGAUGCAUCUUAUUGCGGUGAAAACACAACGAUCACUGUGGUACUUGUUCAUUACUCACUUGUUUUGCAGAUGACGUGACUUUUUUUUUCUGUCCAACACUGCCAUAAAGUGCUUUUAACUUUUUUCACCUGUUUGUACAAGAUAAUACAGAUACCGAUCACUGUGUGUGACAGGAUUCAACUGCUCCACUUUGCCUUGACCUAAAAUUUUGGGACCAAAGGUACUUAAAACUCGGAUUUCCAAAUUGUGAGGCCACAGCUGGGUGUGUUCUCUCGACAGUCGGCUGGAGGUUUUGUUGUGAUCUGAUACAAUCACACAAAAUAAUUAUCCACCUGGGGUACUGUAUGGUUUGGAAAUAAUGGAGCCAUAUGAAAUAAAGGGUUAUUUUUCAAAAUUGCAUAUUUGAUAGUUUUUACACUUUUUUUAAGAGAAAAACAAUUGGAAGAGCAAAAUUGAAACCAUACUCUGGUUUAAAAUGUCUGCAUACAUUAUGAGCACUUCUGAGCAGCUUUAUCUUUUCUGUAAAAACUGUGGACUACCUGGCUGUGAUACAAAAGAAGUAUUUAAAAGGAUUCUAUGCAUUUUAAAGUUAAACCUUUUAUUUUAUCAUUGGAUAAUGAAGUAAUUAUACUCUGAACAACUGUCCUAUUGAAGUGAGUUAGUUCCUUAAAGUUACUCUACAAUGGUGUUCAUUUUGUAUGAGAAAAAGUAGUUUUCUUGGUACCAGUUACUUUCACCUCCAGUUUUCUCCUUCCCUCCUCCUACCUGCAUUUUUGUUUUGUAUGAUAAAAUGGAUGCAGAAGCCUGUAGUGACUCUCAGUGAUUUUUGCAAAGGUCUGGUUGUGUUUGGAAUUACUUUACUGAAUUUAUUUCAUUGGAUUUUUUUAUAAAAUCUUUCCAGCAGCCAAGAUGUCUUUCAGAAAUGUAGACAGAUACCAGAAGCAGCAUUUCUCUACAGAGAUUAUUAGGUGUCUUUUCCCAUUUUGUGUGUGUGUGUGUGGCAAAAAUAAAGUUAAUUUUUUUCAAAAUUA